AUGGGUAUGGACAAUGCCGUCCCUGUAUUGCUUGUGGAUGGCUAUAACGUGUGUGGCUAUUGGAUGAAGCUCAAGAAACAUUUCAUGAAAGGAAGACUUGAUAUUGCUCGUCAAAAGCUAAUUGACGAGCUUGUAACCUUUAGCAUGCUUAGAGAGGUCAAAGUGGCUGUUGUCUUUGAUGCAAUGAUGUCUGGACUCCCCACCCACAAGGAAGAUUUCGCUGGAACCCUCGUUUUUGUUUGGAUAAGAACUGGUCACAUUGAAUGGGCACCUCCUAACAGGCCUGAGGUGAGUCUUGAUAUUAUUUUCUCAGGGGAAACAUGCGCUGAUACAUGGAUUGAAAAAGAGGUUGCAGCUUUAAAGGAGGAUGGUUGCCCCAAAGUCUGGGUAGUCACUUCUGAUCAUUGUCAUCAGCAAGCAGCGCAUGGAGCUGGAGCCUUUAUAUGGAGUUGUAAGGCGUUGGUAACUGAGAUCAAAGCAUCACAAAAGGAGGUUGAAAAGAUGCUUCAAGAGCAAAGAUCCACUUCUUUUCAAGGUAAAUUAUUGAAGCACAAUCUUGAUGCAGAAGUAGUGGAUGCUCUAAAGGACCUGAGGAAACAACUAUCUGAAAAUGAGUUGAAUUUCAUUACCAAUCCGGUUUCAAAAAAAGUACUGUUGCAUGAGUAG